UUUUAUCCUUUCUCCUCUGAUUUUAAUAAAGGUUUAAGAGUAUAAAUUUUCUUUUAAGUGCAGCUUUGCCUGCAUUCUAUUAAGCUUAAUGGCCAUAAGUCACAUGGCUACCCCUAAUCUGAAAGAGAAGCCUGGAAAUGUAGGAUGUUAGUGAGCACUUGCUGCCCCAAAGAAGAUCAGGAUUCUGUUAGUAAGAAAGAAGAGAGGACAACUUUUAGGUGAACUACUAGCAAUAUCUUUUAUAAAAUCCUAUGAGCCUGGCAGAUUUUCCUGCCAAUCACAAUAGAUAAGGAUUUGAUAAAAGUCAGCACAGCUUUCUGACUAGAAAACCAGGUAUUUCUUUAAUGAAAUAAAUAUAUUUAAUUUCCUAUUCUAGUCAAGUUUAUUCCAGUUCAAAGGAUAACAGUAUAUUGCAUAUAUCCCCAGCUUUAUCAAUCUAUGACUACAAAAUCUACUUUUAAAGACUAUCUGAAAUGGUAUAGCAUAAAACCAUAAUAAUGUACUCCCAAUUACUUCUGGAAGUUUCUCAAGGUACUCCUUUAUAUGUACUGCAGAGUGUAUUUUUCUUCCUCCUCAACUGAGAUCUUUCCAACUUGCCACCAUGCAGCUGCCAAUGGUCCUAGUUAAGUAAAAUGCUGCCAUACCUAUUUUAGACUCAGGGAAAAAUAGCACCCACUCAUUUUUAUUUUUGCUCAAUAUAAAAAUGAGGAUACUUAUGAGGAUACUUAAACUUUUAGGAUUAACUAGUUUUCUAAAAAUCGAAUUAUUCACUCCUUUGUAAAGUAUGUAAUAGGAAUUUGCUCUAAUAAUAAAUAGAUUAAGGUUUAAAAUUUGAAACCAUAGUAAUGUAUGUUUAACACCAAUAUUUUAAGCCUUCUUAAAAACCACAACUCACAUUAAGAAAUACAUUUCAUACUGUGAUCAAGUACACACGCACACACACACUAUACAUAUAUGUCUGUCCAAUUAAAAGUUUCACAGAAAUUUCCAAGGAGGUAUGCUAAAUAUUAUCUAUUUGAUUCUACUUUAUUUUUAAAAAGUGAUAUCAACCCACAAAAUGGAUUUCAUAACCCACUACUGCAGUUUGAUAAGAUGCUGUUUUAGACCAUGCUUUUCACCAGUUUUAUGGUCCUGUUUUGUCCUUUUCAUGUCUAUACAGGAUGCUUCUAGUGCUAGUUGCUAGCCUUUCUUUGAUUUCUGGGAUGGUAAUAGGAUAAGAAUUUCUCUAAAUGGUUAUUUCUUUUCUUUCUGCAGCUCUCACGUGUGAAUAUGUAUCUAGUGCAUCCUUAACCUAAGGACUUCACCAGUUCGAAAUUAGUUUUCACCAUCAACUACCUUAUCCUUUUUGGUCUGGUUUUCUUCCUCAAACUGUGGAAACAUUUUUAAAGUUGCUUUUGUUGCAGAGUUAAACAAAUGGCUGAUAGUGGCUUAGAUAAAAAAUCCACAAAAUGCCCCGACUGUUCAUCUGCUUCUCAGAAAGAUGUACUUUGUAUAUGUUCCAGCAAAACAAGGGUUCCUCCAGUUUUGGUGGUGGAAAUGUCACAGACGUCAAGCAUCGGUAGUGCAGAAUCUUUAAUUUCACUGGAGAGAAAAAAAGAAAAAAAUAUCAACAGAGAUAUAACCUCUGGGAAAGAUUUGCCCUCAAGAACCUCAAAUGUAGAGAGAAAAGCAUCUCAACAACAAUGGGGUCGGGGCAACUUUACAGAAGGAAAAGUUCCUCACAUAAGGAUUGAGAGUGGAGCUGCUAUUGAGGAAAUCUAUACCUUUGGAAGAAUAUUGGGAAAAGGGAGCUUUGGAAUGGUCAUUGAAGCGACAGACAAGGAGACAGAAAUGAAGUGGGCAAUUAAAAAAGUGAACAAAGAAAAGGCUGGAAGCUCUGCUGUGAAGUUACUUGAACGAGAGGUGAACAUUCUGAAAAGUGUAAAACAUGAACACAUCAUACAUCUGGAACAAGUAUUUGAAACACCAAAGAAAAUGUACCUUGUGAUGGAGCUUUGUGAGGAUGGAGAACUCAAAGAAAUUCUGGAUAGGAAAGGGCAUUUCUCAGAGAAUGAGACAAGGUGGAUCAUUCAAAGUCUCGCAUCAGCUAUAGCAUAUCUUCACAAUAAUGAUAUUGUACAUAGAGAUCUGAAACUGGAAAAUAUAAUGGUUAAAAGCAGCCUUAUUGAUGAUAACAAUGAAAUAAACUUAAACAUAAAGGUGACUGAUUUUGGCUUAGCGGUGAAGAAGCAAAGUAGGAGUGAAGCCAUGCUGCAGGCCACAUGUGGGACUCCUAUCUAUAUGGCCCCUGAAGUUAUCAAUGCCCACGACUAUAGCCAGCAGUGUGACAUUUGGAGCAUAGGCGUCAUAAUGUACAUGUUAUUAUGUGGAGAACCACCCUUUUUGGCAAGCUCAGAAGAGAAGCUUUUUGAGUUAAUAAGAAAAGGAGAACUACAUUUUGAAAAUCCAGUCUGGAAUUCCACAAGUGACUGUGCUAAAAGUGUUUUGAAACAACUCAUGAAAGUAGACCCUGCUCACAGAAUCACAGCUAAGGAACUACUAGAUAACCAGUGGUUAACAGGCAAUAAACUUUCUUCGGUGAGACCAACCAAUGUAUUAGAGAUGAUGAAGGAAUGGAAAAAUAACCCAGAAAGUGAUGAGGAAAACACAACAGAAGAGAAGAAUAAUCCGUCCACUGAAGAAAAGUUGAAAAGUUACCAACCCUGGGGAAAUGUCCGUGAUGCCAGUUACACUUCAGAUGAAGAGGGGGAAAAACAGUCUACUGCUUAUGAAAAGCAAUUUCCUGCAACCAGUAAGGACAACUUUGACAUGUGCAGUUCAAGUUUCACAUCUAGCAAACUCCUUCCAGCUGAAAUCAAGGGAGAAAUGGAGAAAACCCCUGUGACUCCAAGCCAAGGAAAAACAACCAAGUACCCUGCUAAAUCCAGGGUCCUGUCCAGAACCAAAAAGAAACUCUAAGGUUCCCUCCAGUGCUGGACUGUACAAAAACAAAGCUGCUCUUGUUAGCACUUUGAUGAGGGGGUAGGAGGGAAGAGGACAGCCCUAUGCUGAGCUUGUAGCCUUUUAGCUCCGCAGAGCCCCGCCAUGUGUUUGCACCAGCUUAAAAUUGGAGCUACUUAUCUCCAAAGCAGCAUAAGCUGCACGUGGCAUUAAAGGACAGCCACUAGUAGGCUUGGCAGUGGGCUGCAGCGGAAAUCAACUCAAGAUGUACACGAAGGUUUUUUACGGGGGCAGGUACCCGCAAUUCAAGACAGUGGGCACACUUGCUCAUUUUUACUUCAAAUUCUUAUGUUUAGGCACAGCUAUUUAUAGGGGAAAACAAGAGGCCAAAUAUGGUAAUGGAGGUUCCAAAUAAUUAUGUGCACUUUGCACUGGAAGACUUUGUUAGAAAAUUACUAAUAAACUUGCCAUAGGUAUUACAGCA